AUGAAAGUUUUAUCUGUUCUUUGUGCUUUAUUAAUUACAGUUGCAACUGCAAAACAAGAAUUAUCAGAAUCUCAGUAUAGAGAUGCAUUCACUGAUUGGAUGAUCAGUAAUCAAAAAUCAUAUAGUUCAAGUGAAUUCAUAACUCGUUAUAAUAUUUUCAAAACAAAUUUUGACUACAUCGAGGAAUGGAAUUCAAAAGGUAGUGAAACAGUUUUGGGUUUAAAUAAAAUGGCUGAUAUCACAAAUGAAGAAUAUAGAUCAUUAUACUUAGGUAAACCAUUUGAUGCCUCAUCAUUAAUUGGUACAAAAGAAGAGAUUUUAUUUAGUAAUAAAUUUUCAUCAACAGUUGACUGGAGAAAAAAAGGUGCUGUUACCCAUGUAAAAAAUCAACAAUCUUGUUCUGGUUGUUGGUCAUUUUCAGCUACUGGAGCAACUGAAGGUGCCCAUAAACUUGCUAAUAAUGGUACAAAUGAAUUGGUUUCAUUAUCUGAACAAAAUUUAAUUGAUUGUUCAACUCCAUUUGGUAAUACUGGGUGUAAUGGUGGAGUGAUAACAUAUGCAUUUGAAUAUAUUAUUAGUAAUGGGGGUAUAGAUACAGAGAAAUCAUAUCCAUUUGAAGGUACAGAUGGAACUUGUCGUUAUAAAUCUGAAAAUUCGGGUGCAACAAUUUCAUCAUAUGUAAAUGUUACAUUUGGUUCAGAAAGUUCAUUAGAAUCUGCUGUAAAUGUUAAUCCAGUUGCAUGUUCAAUUGAUGCAUCACAUAGUAGUUUUCUAUUUUAUAAAUCUGGUAUUUAUUUUGAACCAGCUUGUUCGAGAACCAACCUUGAUCAUGGUGUUUUAGUAGUUGGUUAUGGUACUGAAAAUAGCCAAUCACAAGAUUCAAGUAGUGAACCAAAUCAUUCAAAUUAUUGGAUUGCUAAAAACUCUUGGGGAAUAAAUGGUUAUAUUUUAAUGAGCAAGGAUAGAGAUAAUAUGUGUGGAAUUUCAACAUUAGCAUCAUUCCCAAUUGUAUAA